AAUGGCGACCUCUAGUUUAUUCUGGUUCGGAGAGUCCUCGCCUGUUUCUCUGUCCUGAAAACCCAAAGAGAGAGACGACAACCUCUGAAAAAAGCCCUAAUUUUAGUGAGUGAACCUUCAAACAACUCUUUUAAUGGCGUCCAAGCUUCUACGCCAUGUCUAUCGGCGAUCCCCGAACCCUAAUUUCCUCCUCCACCAAACCAGGAUCCUCUCAUCCCAAGCCCUAGCCACCCCCUCUGCAACUCCCCCACCUUCUCACCCUCCUGUAAUGCCGUAUGAUCAAUUAGCCGAGCAAGUGAAGCAAAAGCUUAAGAAGCUCGAUAAUCCCAAUCCUCUGUUUCUUCAACACGCUUCACCAGAGCCUACCCUAACUGAUCACACUGCCAUUUUGUCAGCUCCAUCGACAAAGGUCACGACCCUGCCCUCUGGUUUUCGUAUCGCCACUGAAUCAAACCUGGCUUCACAAACUGCGACAGUUGGGGUAUGGAUAGAUGCAGGUUCGAGGUUUGAGACUGAUGAAACCAAUGGAACUGCUCAUUUUCUCGAGCACAUGAUCUUUAAGGGAACAAACAGGAGAUCAGCUAGGGCUUUGGAGGAGGAGAUCGAGAACAUGGGUGGCCAUUUGAAUGCUUAUACUUCAAGGGAGCAGACUACCUAUUAUGCAAAAAUUUUGAAGGGUGACGUGCCUGUUGCUCUGGAUAUUUUGGCUGAUAUUUUGCAGAACUCAUGCUUUGACGAAGGGAGAAUCAAUAGAGAGAGGGAUGUGAUUUUGAGGGAGAUGGAAGAGGUGGAGGGUCAAGCUGAAGAAGUCAUUUUUGAUCAUUUGCAUGCUACUGCAUUCCAGUACUCUCCUUUGGGUAGAACUAUACUAGGACCUGCUCAGAAUAUCAAGACCAUCUCAAAAGCUCAUCUGCAGAAUUACAUUUCAACGCAUUACACUGCUCCAAGAAUGGUAAUUUCAGCGGCUGGUGCUGUUCAACAUGAGGAUAUGGUUGAACAAGUGAAGAAGCUUUUUACAAAGCUUUCCACGAAUCCUACCACAGCAGCCCAAUUAGUAGCAAAAGAGCCUGCAGCCUUUACGGGUUCUGAGGUCCGGAUGAUAGAUGAUGAUGUUUCUCUUGCACAAUUCGCAGUAGCAUUCGAAGGUGCUUCUUGGACAGAUCCAGAUUCAAUUGCUUUGAUGGUGAUGCAAUCCAUGCUCGGUUCUUGGAAUAAGAAUACUGGUGGAGGGAAGCACCUGGGGUCAGAGCUUGCCCAGAGGAUUGGGAUAAAUGAGAUAGCUGAAAGUAUGAUGGCUUUUAACACAAACUAUAAGGACACUGGUUUGUUUGGUGUUUAUGCGAUUGCCAAGCCGGAUGGCUUGGAUGAUUUGGCUUGGGCAAUUAUGUAUGAAAUCAGCAAGCUAUCAUACAGAGUUUCAGAAGAGGAUGUUACCCGUGCUCGAAACCAGUUGAAAUCUUCUCUGCAACUUCACAUUGAUGGAACCAGUCCUAUAGCUGAAGAUAUUGGUCGCCAGCUGCUUACUUAUGGCCGUAGAAUCCCUGUUGCCGAACUCUUUGCAAGAAUAGAUGCGGUUGAUGUGAGCACUGUGAAGCGUGUUGCCAAUAGGUUCAUUUUUGACAGGGACAUUGCGAUUGCCGCAAUGGGACCAAUCCAAAGCCUUCCUGAUUACAACUGGUUCAGGCGCCGCACAUACUGGCUGCGUUACUAGCCUAUCAAAAUAGGUGAGCUAUUGAGGACAUUGACAACAAAAUAAAGGCUUAUCUCGACAAAUAGGGUAGAAGCAUAGAUCUUUAGUUUUUUAUUCAACCUCUUAUAAUGGAUAAUUUUCCGGUCAUUCCUCCCCCUACUCUCUCAUCUCUUAUUAGAAUAUGAGAAAAUUGUCAAAGAUACUUGUGAGAUGAACUGUUUUACAUUGUACCUAUAUUGUGGGAUUUGUUUUCAAAAUACUCAAACAACACAUGAUUGGAAUA